AGAGAGACAGCCAACGACAUUACCCUAUAUAAAAUCAGAAACACAAAAAGAAGAACAGCGGGAAGGCAUCGAACCUCCGGAGUUCCGAUAUACAAACCUCCGCCUACGAUCUUUUCCACCACCAGACCAAUUCCUCACCUCCGUUUGUUUGAUUUCUAUCUCCUAUCUCCGAAAGGGUUCAGCAUUGUAAAGCAAUGGAGUCGUUGAUCGAACUCUGGGAUCUGAUCGCACAAAAUCCUUCGCAGUUUGCUGAUAAAUUGGCUUGGAUUUGUGGCCGAUGUCCACCAAUUGACUCUGUUCCGGCUGGAUCUUUGAGGGUUCGAGGUCACAGCUUAAUGCAGUACUCGCCACCGUCAUUUGGAAGCGAUUCAAUCGCUUCGUUCUUUAAUGAUUUCUUGAGUUAUGUGAAUAAAGACAGUGAGUUGUCCUCGGAUUUUGCCAUGGCCGUUGCGGAGUAUAUGGGAGAGAUUAAUUUUCGUCCAAUUCUUCCUUACGAUGCAGACAAAUUAGUGUCCACUCUUCUAGAACGAUUUGAAAUAUCGGUUCCUAGUUCACCACCGAGGGAGCUAAGUUCGCAGCGCAGUGCAAACCAUUUUCAAUCAAAUGAGAGAACCUGUCCAGGAAACGAGGUCAGCAAUGCCUCUGGUUCUUCGAGCGGUGAGGCUUCAAGGGUUACAGAUGAGGCGAACAGUGCAUCGUCGUCCAAAGGAUUGGGGAUGAAUGGGGGCAGCUUUGCGUGGAAGAGUAAUGUGGAUAUAUUUGGUGCUGGUGCUGGGUUCAAUGACGGAGGAGGCAGUUCCGCGAAGUACAAGCAGAGUGUCCAGAUUGAUCCUAAACUUUUGGAACAAGUGAGGGCCAUCGCAAAGGAGCAACUCCAAUCAAUGAAGCGUGACUGGACAGAACAGGGGCAGUUACUGAAAGUUAGAAUCGAUACAAAGCUGGCGUCAUCGAAGAGGUUGUUGCAUGGAACUUUGGCAUUGUUGAUAGAAGCUACUGAAGCAUGUUUAUUCUCUGUUUUGCAAAAGUUGAGAAUUUGUGAAGAGCUCUUCCGCUCAUUGCUUGUUGGGAUUUCCCAAAUUACUCUCACUCGUGGUGGUCAGCUGCUACGUGUCUUGCUCAUUUGCUUCAAACCCCUUGUGUUAAGUACUUGUGCUCUGAUACAUCAUCUGUUUGCUUUGGACACUUGGGGCAGCAGCCAGGAUGCCAUGUUCGAGAGUGUUUUGAAGACAUGUUGUGAGAUAAUCGAGUUCGGAUGGAGCAAGGGCCGGUCCCCUGUGGACAUUUUUAUAAUGGGAUUAGCUACAAGUAUUCGUGAACGGAAUGAUUAUGAAGAAGAGGUGGGAAGUUUAGUCUGGUUGAGAGUUCUGUGA